GUGGUAUCUCUGCAGCACCUCCCCGAUCUCAUGUCAAUCUGCAUCGGACUCCGAUCCGGCGAUAUUCUGCUACUCAAUCUGGAUGGAUAUACAGAGGGACAAGAGCCCGAAAUCGUCGGAACAGUCGACUCGGGCAUUCUGAGUAUGGAGUGGAGUCCCGACCAUGAAGUCGUCAUCGUUGUCACAGGCGGUGCGACGGUUCUUGAGAUGACCAAGGACUUUGACACCAUCACCGAAGUACCAAUCCACACGGAUGAAUACGGAAUCGCCGCCCCGGUUAGCGUCGGUUGGGGCAAGAAAGAAACACAGUUUCAUGGCUCUGAGGGCAAAGCAGCGGCGCAGCGCAAGGCUCCCAGCGCUGUUGCCUUGUCGCCAGACGACACCCACGCCCCGCGAGUUGCAUGGAGAGGCGACGGCCAAUAUUUUGUCUGCUCCUCUGUCGAUCCGAGCGGAGAUAAACGCUUAUUGAGAGUUUACGAUCGCGAGUGUGUUCUGCAGAGCACAAGCGAGGCUGUAAACCAACUCGAGCACCCCCUCUCAUGGAGGCCAACAGGAAAUCUGAUUGCAUCGACACAGCGGCUUCCACAUAGGCACGACGUUGUGUUCUUCGAACGUAACGGCCUCCGGCAUGGCGAGUUUGCUCUGCGAGAGGACAGCGCAACUCGUGUCGUUGAUGUGCUUUGGAACGCCGACUCGACUGUGUUGGCUGUAUGGCUGGAGCGAUGUGGCCCAGAGGGUCAAGUAUCUCAAUCUGCUGUGCAACUCUGGACCAUGAACAACUACUAUUGGUAUUUGAAGCAGGAGAUCCCUACCUCCGAAGCGCACGAUGCCUUUUCGGGAGUACAGUGGGAUCCCGAAAUCGGGCUGAGGAUCCACUUGACGACCCAUCUUGGUCGAUACUUGAGAUUGGACUUUUCUACGGCCAGCUUUGUGAGCACAUCUCUUGCCAAGAAUAAUCCGGCCAGUGUCGUCGUCAUCGACGGAGCAACCGUAAACGUGACCCCAUUCAAGCAUCGAAAUGUACCACCACCAAUGGCCGCAUUCAAGUUGACCCUACCUGGCCCGGCCAGACACGUCGCCUUUGGUGCAUCUAAUGAAGGAGACGACUUUGCCGUGCUGUUGAGCGAUGGGAAGGUUUCGUUUUACUCAAGCAACAGCAUUCGGAUGCCCAUCCAAGCCCACACGCCCGUCGGCACAGUUGAUUUGCAUGAGCUGCGUGAGCAUCAUCUCGGCGUUCACACGUACCGCCAGAUUGCUUUCCUCGACCCGACCACUCUGAUCGCCAUUGGCUAUUCCGAAGCCCUUCAUCGUGACAUUGUGACGGGGUUCACGAUUGGAUACGGCGAUGUUGAUGAUGAGGAUCGUUCAGCCCGAAUCGUUGAUAGCGUUACCAUCGAGUCCGUCAACGGAGCCAUGGCUAGGCGAUUCUUGCGUCUGAUUUGCGCUGUCGAUCUCGGCAAGGUCUUUGUGGAGACUGUUGAUGGGGCCAUCUACGAAGUUGAGCAAAAUGGCGGCGACUGGGGAUUCGGCUUCUUUGCUCGCCUGCCUUCACCAUGCCCGUGGAUUGGGGCAGUGUCGCUGGGUGCUGACGACUCCAAAGAGCUCGCCAUCGUCGGACUGGACCGGCACAAUCGUCUCUACUUGAACGACCGCCUUUUGGCCUCGGACUCGACUUCGUUUUUUGUGCACGAAGAGUUCCUGAUCUUCACCACACUCUCUCAUACCGCGCGGUUUGUCGAACUCAACACCAGUGUGGCCGGCCUUGUGGUUCCGGAAGCUACGAAACCCUCAGCAUUUGACGAAGACCACCGCCGCGUGGAGCGUGGAUCGCAGAUUGUGGUCGCGACCCCGGCCUCUGUCAACCUGGUCCUUCAAAUGCCCCGUGGCAACCUGGAGACCAUGUAUCCGCGAGCUUUGGUUCUCUCGCAGUUGCGCAGCUUCCUCGACAACCUGGAUUACUUGAAUGCGUUCCUGCUCUGCCGUAAGCACCGGAUCGACAUGAACAUCCUCUACGACCACCGACCGGAGCAGUUCAUUGAGAACGUCGAACACUUUGUUCGGCAAAUCAACGAGCAGGACUAUCUCAAUCUCUUCCUGAGUGGUCUCCGCAAUGAAGACGUGACCGUCACCAUGUAUGUGAACAGGGCCCUACGCAACCAGCCUUCCACCAGAGCUAAGGCCCCGCAGCAGGAGCGGGAUGUUGGAAAGGUGAACCGCAUCUGCGACACUGUCCGCGGCGCACUGGAAACAAUUGAUGCCGAGCGAUAUACCCAGUGUAUCUUGACCACCGACGUGAAGAAAGUUCCGGCCGAUCUAGAAACAGCGAUGGGUCGAAUCAAAUCUCUGCGUGGUACGAGCUAUUCUGUGUCGCUCGCCGAGGAGGCACUCAAAUACGUCAUCUUCCUUGCCGACGCUGACCAACUCUACGACGUGGCCUUGGGCAUGUACGACUUUAGCUUGGUGCUGAUGGUCGCCCAGCACUCGCAGAAGGAUCCUCGCGAGUAUCUCCCCUUCCUGUCGGAGCUCUCCAAACUGGAGAUGCGCUACCAGCAUUUCAAGAUUGACGACCAUCUGAAGCGAUACUCUCGAGCUCUCAAGAACCUCAGUCUCGCAGAUGAGCCUGGUCGGUUUGAAGAGUGUGUCGAGUACAUCAAGCACCACAAGCUGUUCAAGGAUGCUCUCGAGUAUUUCUCGGCCGACAAUCAAAAGUACAAAGCGGUCAUGCGUCUCUAUGCCGAGCAUCUGGACAACAACGGUGACUCGGCCGAGGCUGGCUUGAUUCACUAUCUUUCUGGCAACAAGGCGGCGGCUUUGGCCUCCUACAAGGAUGCGUUGCUGUGGCAGGAGGCUUUCUCUGUCGCAGCGGAGCUGGGCAUGUCUACCCAGGAAGUCGUUCAGCUUGGUCGCGAGCUUGGAGAUUUGCUUGUCGAAAAGCGCCAGUACCAGAGCGCAGCCAAGGUCUUCCUGGACUAUGUCGGCGAUCCCGAGGAGGCUGUGUUGGUGCUGCUGAAGGGGUUCCAGUGGAUCGAAGCAGUCCGGAUUGCGCACAAGCACGGACGUGCUGAUCUGGUCGAAACACACGCCAAGCCGGCGCUGCUCGAUGCGUUCUCUCAUUUUGUCGAGGAUAUCAAAGACACAACCCAAACCUCCGAGAAGUAUCUAGUUCGCUAUCGGAAUGUCCAGCAACGCAAGCUCGAGAAAGAGCUCGAAGGCGAAGGCUUGCCCGAGGAUGACGCUUUGGAUCAUGUCGACAUGCUUUCGGACACCACAUCGAUGGCCACGACCCGUAUCACACACUCCACCGCCCGGUCGUCGCGCAUGACCUCGCGUACCCACCAAACCGCCAAGACAAGCCGACAGAAGCGCCGGCUGGAGAAAAAGAAGUUGAAGGGCAAGGAGGGCGGACUGUUCGAGGAAGAGUAUCUUCUGAACGAGUGGCGAAAGAUGACCGUCAAGGUGAACGAUUGGCAAGCUGACUUGGACAGCUUGGCGCGAUCGCUGAUCCGCUUUGGAUACGAGAAGCAAGCGAGGGAGCUGCAGCAAGCGUACUCGGUACUCGUCAGUACCGUCAAGAGAGCCCUCGAGGAAGUGUUUGUGCGGAUUGUGAAGGUUGAAGAGACAUUCGAGGAGUUCAAGCUCCGUGUGGUCGACGGCAAGCCCCUGCCUCCUGGCCACUAUUCGACGGCCUUUAAUGUCCCUCCCGAAGCAGGACCGAAGCUGAACGAGACAGGAUGGGGGGUGUCGAUUUUUAUGUAACUUCACGCAGCUGCAGCUAUGGCGUCAGCUGCAGAGGCAUGUGCGAUUCCAACCUGACCAUGUUUCGGAGGGAUCAUUGCAGUAGUUGCUCCGACAACAAAGCGUAUAUUGAAUAUCCGAAUGAUUCGCGCAUGAGCUGCGGUCAGCAGGAAGAAGGGUGCUGGACUGGAGUCUUUGGUAUUCCUCAGCAGCACUUGUGGUUGGCACACACAUCGGCGUAUUCCGAGUCUUCAGGAACCUUGGCAGGGUCCAGUCCGAUAGAUCUCAUCUUGACAGCGAUCUCGAACAAGUAGUCAUAGCACUCGGACAUGGACUUGGCUACAAU